UCAUUCAUUCUUCGAGCUUGUUUAUAUUUUCAUUCGAAUCGAAGUUGAGUCGUAAAAUCAGUGUGAAUUUAAUUUGAUUCUUACAAUGUCCGACGAGUAUCAGCACGUUAGCAAGGGCAAGCUGAAGCUGAAGUGCGAUGCGGAAAUUAAGAAAAAGAAGAAGAAAAAAAGCAAGGACAAGGAAAAGCUGCGGGAAAAGUUGGAAAAAACAAUGGAGCAAAGCAGCGGCGGUAGCAGCAAUACUACGAGUAGCAGCCAGGGCCAGCCGCAGGCAUCCGGGCGGAUACUGACGAAGGCGGAAGCCGCCUUUAAAAAUAUGCAGGAUAAAAUGCAAAAGAAACGCAUCAUGGAGAAAGCCUCGAUGACCCACAAGCAGCGGGUGGAACAGUUCAAUCAACAUCUGGACGGUCUGACGGAACAUUUCGACAUCCCAAAGGUGUCCUGGACCAAAUAAAAACACUUACCUGCUUUUACGUUUGCUCUUCUGCUGGAAGUCAGCAAUUGAAAAUCAAUCUUCUUUCUCACCAGGGAAGCCCCCUGGUGGGGGUGUGAACAAAAAGAAGGAGGAAUUAUUUUUAGGUGUCUAUAAUAAGAUUAUCAUAAUUAAGCAAUGGUACGGAAGGAUGAAUUUCGGAUUUAAUAAAGUCUCCUCUGCUGCCUG